AUGAGCUUAUUUACAAAAUUUAAUUCUCAAGACUAUAAAAAUGGAAUUACAAAAAAUUUAUCAAAUACAGAGCAAAAUAAUAUAAUUAAUAUAAAUAAUGGAUAUAAGAAAAAGACAUCAUGGAACUGUUUAGGUUCUUUUAGAAAUAUAUGUUUAACAUUAUGUGUUAUAACAGCAUUAUAUAUACAAUUCAAAAAUAAAUAUGGGGAGAAUAGUUCAUGUGUUGUACAGUUGGAUAAGAUAAGUUCAAGAAAUUUAUCUGAUGUACAAGUAGAAAAUUUUCCUUCUUUAAAUCAUGGUGAUAAAACUUAUAAAAAAAAUGAUGAAAAAGACGAAUCGAAUAAUGAGAAUUCAAAUAUAAAUAAACAAGCAGAUGAAGAUAAUGAAGAGGUUUCACAAAACAAUAAUAAUAGUAAUAAUAAUAGUAAGAAUAAUAACAGUAAUAAUAAUGUAAAUAAUAAUAUAAGUAAUGUUAGUAAUGAUUCAGGAAAUGUCGUAGGUAAAAAGAUUAAGAAGAAAACAUAUUUAAAUUAUAAUGAUAUGACAAAACAAUUAACAAAGGAAGAAUUAUUUUAUGUUCUUGAUUCUUUAAAAAAGGUACCAGGAAGAAGAAACCUUAAUAAUAUAUGGAAACAUGCUCUUGGUGUAAUAAGCGAUAUAUUAGAUGAAAAAUUAAUUGAUCUAAAUGUAUAUAUACAGAAAUAUAAAAAGAAAUAUGAAAGUAAACGUGAUGAACAAUCUUAUCGUAUUAGUAAAAGUGGUUUAAUGGAAAAAUAUUUAGAUGAAUUUGAUGAAAGAAUAAUGGAACAAAGAAUGACAUAUAGUAGUAAUUUUAAACAUUUAAUACAUAAAAGUCCUUCAUUAGAUGAUAUAAAAAAUUUCAUUCAUACAUUUAUAGAUGAUUUAGAAAAGUUAAUAAAUUAUAUGUAUGGUAGUUAUAAACAUAUAUUUCAAUUAGUAAAUGAAGAACCAUCUAAAGCAAGUUUUAAUGAUUUUAUAUUUAAAUGA